AUGGAACAACAACUGAAGACUGAAUUGAAGAAUGAAUUAGAUCUUGAUGAUAUAGUUAAUAUCGAAUCCAUGUUUAUAGAGUUUGGUAGAGAAGAUGGAAUAAAAGAAGGAAUAAAAUCAGGAAAAUUUGAAGGUCAUUUACUAGGUUGUGAAAAAGGUUAUGAAAUAUCACAAGAAAUUGGAUUUUAUGAUGGUGUAGCUGAAAUGUGGUUAAAAAUACUUGUUGAUAAAAGAUGGGAUAUAACUAAAAAGUCAAUAAAUGAAAGAAUAGUGAAACAAUUAAUAUCAUUAAGAGAAAUAAUUUCAUUAUUUCCAAAAGAAAAUCAACAAAAUAUUGAAUUUAUAGAAUUAUUAAAUAAAAUUAGAUCAAAAUACAAG